AUGCCGUCGUCGCAAGCCCUAGCGCUCGUCUCGCUCUCGCUCGCUCUCCUGCUCUGCUGCACCUCCCCCCUCCUCGCCCAUGCCCAGACACCGGCGACCGACCCGGCGGCCGACGUCUGCGCCGCCCUGGCGACGGACGACGCCUGCCACAACGUCCCCAAGGCGCUGCGCCUCAAGCUCAUCGGCAUCCCGACCAUCCUCGUCUCCAGCGUCAUCGGCGUCUGCCUGCCGCUCUUCGCCAAGUCGGUGCCGGCGCUCCAGCCCGACCGCAACCUCUUCUACGUCGUCAAGGCCUUCGCGUCCGGGGUCAUCCUCUCCACCGGCUACAUGCACGUGCUCCCGGACUCGUUUGACAACCUCAACUCGCCAUGCCUCCCCGAGAAGCCCUGGAGGCAGUUCCCCUUCACCACCUUCGUCGCCAUGCUCGCCGCCGUCUUCACGCUCAUGGUCGACUCCCUCAUGCUCACCUUCUACAACCGCAAGAAGACGGGCCAGGAUGCCGGGGCUCCCAGCAGCGCCGCCGUCGCCAACCUCGAGAGCCCGGAGCCGGAAGCACACUGGCACACCCACGGUCACGGCCACGGGACGGCGUUGGCCAAGCCCGACGACGCCGAGGCCGGCCAGAUGCAGCUCCGCCGGAACCGCGUCGUCGUUCAGGUUCUGGAGAUGGGCAUCGUGGUGCACUCGGUGGUGAUCGGGCUGGGCAUGGGGGCGUCGCAGAGCGUGUGCACCAUCCGGCCGCUGGUGGCCGCCAUGUGCUUCCACCAGAUGUUCGAGGGGAUGGGGCUCGGCGGCUGCAUCCUCCAGGCGGAAUACGGCACCAAGAUGAAGGCCGGGCUGGUCUUCUUCUUCUCCACUACCACGCCGUUCGGGAUCGCGCUUGGGCUGGCGCUCACCAAAGUGUACCAGGACAACAGCCCCACCGCGCUCAUCGUCGUCGGCCUGCUCAACGCCGCCUCCGCGGGCCUCCUGCAUUACAUGGCGCUUGUCGAGCUUCUCGCCGCCGACUUCAUGGGGCCCAAGCUGCAGGGCAGCGUCAAGCUCCAGCUCAUCUGCCUCACCGCCGUCCUCCUCGGCGCCGGCGGCAUGGCCGUCAUGUCCAAAUGGGCGUGA